CAACUCUCAAGCAACUUCAAUCCACUCCACGCCGCUGCCAACAAAUUAUCAAUUUCGCUACUUUGGCAACAUCUCAAUAAUUUACUAUCACACCUAGCAUUACCAAUGGGCUGGUUCUGGGGCUCGAACGACGAGGACCCGGUCAAGAAGCUUGACCCCGGUCUUCGCAAAUACCUCGAGAACGAAGCUCCAAAGAAAUACGUCCCGGGCUCGCCAGCGGUCGAAGAGCAAGCCCAACAGCCUAAAGCCUCAUCAUCCAAACCCGAUGCCUCGUCCACAGCUCCCGCCGUCCCCUCACAGUCCCUCUUUCCCGACGGUCGUUAUGCCGAUUUAUGGAAAACCUACAAACCACCGGCAGCCGGCGAGGAAGGGCCGGAAACCUCGGGGGUGCCAGCGAUGAAGGCGCAGAACAAACAGCGACAUGCGGUGUUGAAGCGCGCGGUGAUGGAGAACUGCUCGAUCGAGAAUGAAACAUACCACCUGUGCUUGCAGAGCCCGACUAUGACUGAACGACUUACGGCCUGCCAGGAGAAGAACAAGGCGUUCACUCGUUGCUAUGCGACUCAAUCCAAAUUCUUGCAGGCACUGGGAUACGCCGCUUCAAGACAGUGGGAUGACGAGCGGGAGGAACGGAUCCAGCUCCAUGCCGACAAACUUUACCACCAGAUGCUUGACUAUGAGAACCAGGUCGAGGAGGCUAAGGAGGCCGGCCGAGAACCCCCACCACUUACCUCUCUCUUCAACCCCCAAGCAAAACCAGUGGAGCCAGCGAGCGUUGGUCCAGCGGAAGUAGAGAUCCCUGGAGGAGAGCCGAUCCCAGAAGGCUUCAAGCCGUCGAAAUCACUGGAUCGGCUGACACCACACGAGCGGGAAUUGGAGAUCCGCGCCCACUAUGCGAACUUGGAACAACAAAAGGCGUACAUGGAGGAUUUAUCGUCAGUUUUCCGGACGAACGACCAAGGGAAGGACAAGCGACGGGAAAAGCUGGUCAGUUGGUUUGGUGAGACGGUGGGCAAUUGGAUGACGCGGUGAAUGAUAGCUCUAUUGUCUUUGGCUUCGUCCUAUUCUUGUAUAACUAUCCCUGGCGUUUGAAUUUGGAUUGGUGUGCAGAGCGGCGUUAUGCAUAUACUGACCGUUCCGGCGGUUGGACUGAGGUCGUAUGCUUUGUACAAAACAUAUACGCAAGUCUAGUAAUUUACGAAUUAUGAGUGAGCAGCCAACAUUAUCCAG